GAAUGGGACGUUCUGAGAAAAAGUGUACGCGAAAGACAGCAUCUGGCUGCCACGUCUCCAAGGCGACGUCGAUCAGUGGGCAUUCAUUUCCCACCCGAAUGAAGCACAAUAAUGAUUACACUGGACGCAAUCCCUUCAUUCGGUUUCUGGCCCACUUCCGCAAAUGCUACAAUGAGAAUCUCUGCCACUUGACCCCGGGGCAGGUUACUCUGAUGGCCAGCAGGGUGUGGCAGUGCAUGACAUCGGCGGAGAGGGAACCCUUCAUCGCUGCUGCCCGCAUGUUCAGCUACACGUUUCGAUCGCGGAGCAAGAAGGUCAAUUGGGUGCUCCGGAAACUUCGGGAAUCCGCUGCUGAACCAGAACAUCAAGGUCGGGCGCAAUGGAUGAUGAUAUACGGCAUCAAGUUCUGGGAGCAAGGCGUGCUAAACGAUCUUCUACACCACUAACAGCAAUAGAAACUCAGUUUGGGGCC